UCAGUAGCUUUGCUGGAAAAGGGACCGAGAGCGGGUGUGGAUUCAUCCAAGCAGUGCUAUGGUCCUGGAGCCAGAUAUCAGCUCCCUGGUUAAGAGACCACAGAGGCCUCACUCUGGCAAGCUGGUACAGCAGCAUGAGAGACUGCAGAAGAAAAUUCUGAGGGCAAACUACACAAGCAGAAAUGAUGUCUCCUCUUCGGCCCAGGGAAUGCAAACUGACCAGAAAAGAGGCAGAGAACUAUGGAUUCUGUCUGCGCCUUGAGAAAUAUAAAACAGGGCACCUGAUCCGGAAUGUGGCAAAGGGGAGUCCAGCUGAGAAGGCUGGCCUGAAAGAUGGAGACAGAGUCCUGAGGGUCAAUGGGAUUUUUGUAGACAAAGAAGAUCAUGGAACGGUGGCUGAUUUAGUUAGGGAAAGUGUGGACUCUGUAUCAUUCCUUGUUUUGGAUGAAAAAUCUUAUGAAGAUGCACAUAAGGAAGGGGUCAAUUUUGAAGAGUUGGGUCAAACAUUACCAGUCCAGCAGCAAGCAGAAAACACUUCAGUUGUGACAAAUGGAGAACCUGGCCCAGUUACACAUCCCCGCCUCUGCUAUCUGGUGAAAGAAAAAAACAGCUAUGGCUUCUCUCUGAAGACAACGGAAGGUCACAAGGGAUUGUUCAUUAUAGAUUUGGCCCCACAAGGACCAGCUGCAUUAGCCGGAGUGCAGCCCAAUGACCGCCUGAUCGAAAUCAAUGGAGAGAAUGUGGAAAACGACACUCAUGAGGAAGUAGUCGAGAAGGUGAGGAGGUCUGGAAAUCGACUUGUGUUUCUGGUGUCAAAUAAAGAAACCGAUCAGUAUUACAAGAGCCAGAACAUGCAGCUGAGGAGAGAAAUGGCAAGUUUGAAAUUAUUACCCCACAAACCCCGAAGGCUGGAGCUUGCAAAAGGAAAAAAUGGUUAUGGAUUCUACCUGAGAAUGGAACAGAAUGGUAAAGGUCACUUAAUUAAGGACAUUGAUUCUGGCAGCCCUGCAGCCGAAGUUGGUCUCAAGGACAACGACAUCCUGGUGGCUGUCAAUGGAGAGUCGGUUGAAGCACUGGACCACGAGGCUGUCGUGGAGAAGAUCAGGAAGUCUGGUGAAAAAACUGUGCUGCUGGUGGUUGAUGACGAAACCGACGCCAUGUACAAAAUGGCUAAGAUAUCCCCAUGCCUCUACUAUCACACACCGGUGCAAUCUCCAUGUGAGGCUGAAGUGCCAACAUGUCAUACGGCGAAAGAGCAUCACAAGCCCAGACUCUGCUAUCUGGUAAAGGGUCCCAGUGGCUUUGGCUUCCGUUUGAAUGCCAUCAAAGGUUUGCCUGGCCAGUUCAUCAAAGAGGUAAAGGAGGGUGGCCCAGCAGAAAGAGCAGGGCUGCAAAUCGAUGACAUCUUAAUAGAAGUCAACGGUGCAAACGUGGAGAAUGAAGAUUAUGACGAUGUCGUGGCAAGAAUCCAUGAUGGUGGAAACAAGCUGAAACUAGUAGUGUGUGGGGAAGAAGCUUAUCGGCACUUCAAGGCCCAGAAUAUGCCUGUCACUGCCCCCAUGGCAGAUCCACCAGACAGCAGUAGUGACCCUCCUGCUUACACAGAGAUACAAGCCCCAGAGCCAGAUGGACCAUUGCCAGAACCACGAGAGAGGGCUAACUCGUCCUCCUCUUCACUCUCAGUUGCUUCUGAAGAAGAUGAUACCAAAUUGUAAUGCCAGGGGCAAAUACCUUCCAAUGGUAGUGCCCAAAAGGGAAUAGUAUUCUGAAGCAGAGUUACAAAUAUUACUGCUUAGAAAAUGUUGGCUACUCUCUUGUGCAUGCUUACUUGAAACAAAGGCCCAUUGAACAAACAAGCAUGUAUAGAAUUGGGCUGCUAGAUAACAUGGCUUUCAGGUGAGGAAGGGAUCCUACUGGAUUCCUACCUCAUUUUUGUUAAGCUGCAGGCUUUUUCCAUGUGGACCAGGACUGCAUGCAUUAAAAUGUUGAUUGCAGCGAAAGCUUCCUAACGGAAAAUGGUGAGUGAAUACCUACUAUGCAUAUGUACACUUACUAUAUCCCAAUUAAAUCAAUAAUCAUUCUUACUAACAUUUAUUCCUCAUAUAAUUUGAACCAUUAACCAAAGCAAAUAUUAAUGUGUAGUCAUUUUAGUACAAACUAAUUUUAGGCUUUGUUGCCCAACAUUUGAACACUUUGAAAACACUGCAGUGUAUCAGUUAUGCACUGGCAUAUCUACAUUGGUUGCUUUCACAGUAUUAAUUCCAUUUUAAGUUUUGAAAUAAAUUGUUUCACGGUAGUCUGA